UGGUGCAAGAUUCCUGUUAAACAGCGGAAACGGUAGCUCGAACCGUUUAUUAGUUUGCCCUUCAGAUUAAGCCUGACAUCCCCAGCUCGGAGACAAGAUGAAAGCCCAUGAAAGGAGCCCCUGAGAUUGCAGCCGGAAUGAAUCAAGUGGAGCUGUGGUUGGGUGUUCUGUUUCUUCUGCCACUUGUGAUCCUUGUGAUGCUGUGUUCCAGGUGUAGACUAUUUGGGAAUCGCACUAUAAUCAGAGAGGAGACCAGGAAAAUGGGUCAAAGUGUUCACAUAAAUGAAGACAAGAAGCGAUUUGAAGUAGUUAGAUCAUAUACUGUAUCUCGACCAGAACAAACACCAAGGCCAGGACCAGCGAUGGGGAAUAUGGCUGCCACACAUCAUUCACUUUCACAAGUUCAACCAGCAUCAGGCAGCCCACCAAGCUACGGCAACCUAGAUAUUGCAAAACAAUAUGAACAUGAGCAGGAUUACAUAAAUCCUUUAGCUGCAGAAUAUUAUUGCUUCCCUGCGGAAUAUCUCAAACCUCCUCAUGAUGAUGAUUCAGCUUCAUAUGAAAAUGUGGAGAUAGAGAAAACCGAGAGUCGAACAUCUGUAGAGUCAGGUGGGAGUUAUGAGAACUGUGAAUAUGCUGCAAAAUGGAAGCUUCAGGAGAAACCAGAAGGAAAGAAACAUGGGAAUAACUCUGAUGAAGAUGAAGAUCCAGAUUAUGUUAACACCGUUCCUUGUUAGACCCUGUAAAGGGUGCCUCAAAUGUCUCAGAACACUUCCCUCAAAAUGUUACAUUCAAGUGCACCAGAAUGCCAUACACACAAAAAGAUGUUUGGAGACUUUUUAACGUGAACUGCCAGUACUACAGUGAGGUAUCUUGCCUGCAGGAUAACAUAUCCAACAUUGCUGACCUCCCUCUAUUCUACAACAAAAUGUAUUCAAGCUUUGCUACACAACACAUACCCACUACUACCGAAUCAAGGGGCAAAGGCACGAACAAGCUGAUCAAGUCAAACCCAGAAACAGUUUUUUCUGAUGAAUGUUACUCUCACGCUGGAUGAAGCAGACUGCAAACUCUAGGCUCUGUGCCUUCAACCCUUCUCACCUUUAUGAACUCCAGCUUCAAGUAUUCCUGCAUUUGGAAAGUUUUACAGACACGGAAGAUGUUGCCAAUAAUGUCUUCUGGCGAGUAACCCAGCUUCCAGAGAUGAGCAACAACCUGAAGAUGACAAAACCACAGGAGGACAGGAGUGAAACACAUGGUCAAAUAGCCCUAUGGAAAGCAAUAUAAAGUGAAAAUAUCUAUCAACUGAAAAUACAAUGGAUAGAGGGGGGGUGAAAGAGAGAACAAAAAAAAAAAUCAGGAAUUGCUGGAGAAACUGAUCAGUUCUGGCAACAUAGUUUGAAGAAGGAUCAUCUGGACUCAAAAACAUUAACUCUGCUUUCUCUUGUAGAUGCUGCCAGAGCUGCUGAAUUUCUCCAGAAAUUUCUGUUUUUGUUUCAGACCUUCAGCACUCUCAGUUUUGUUUAAUUUUAGGUGAAAAGGACAGUUGAGCAGUGUAAACAUACAUGCAAGAGUGAAACACUGCACUUAAAAAGUUUUUACAUGUAAUGCUCCCUGCAAGUUGCACAGCAUUCUGGAAUACAAAUUGAGGAUGUUUCCUUUUGAGGUGUUUAAAUACUCAGCAAUAUUCAAGGGGCCACUUAGCAAAACAAUUAGGUGACACUCAGAUGUUACAGGGAACACUGCCCACAUAGGAUUUUUGAAGAAAGUAUGAGUCAGUUUUGAAAGAAGGGAAAGACAGCAUUAGGAUAAGGCUAUUACAUGGACCAAAAGGAACAAGAUGGGGUAAAAAUUAAUGAGGCAAUUGAAUAGUUACAAACUCUAAGACAAAAUGAAGUCUGAGAUUCUCACGUUUGGCUUCAGAAUGAGAGAAUGGUAAGGAAUCAAAGGUAGCAGCUUUUAUUGAGAAGAUUAUCGGGAAUAUCCUGGCCCUGCAACAUAAACUUGGGAGGAAUAAAACUGGUAAGAGAGUGGAGAUGUGGUUCUAUUUUGCAUGUACAACUGUCAUGUAGCAGCAACUACAGUCAGUACAUUUGUUGUUUGGUUUAA